GAGAUUGAAAGUCUUUACAAUUUUAGUCUGUGCUAAGCUCUCACAUUUUACAAUUUGAACAGGAAAACGAACUUUCUAAUUUUUUUUAAAGAAAAGGGAAUUAUGUAAAUGCGAUUUUGAUUGAUUUUGUCUUUAGUUGAGUAGAAAUGGAUAAAUAUGAAAUCAAUAUGACCUGUUACUUCCAAUCAGGAUGGAGUUGAAAACCUUGUGUUUGAUCCAUGACUUUCUAGUCGAUCAAGAGUUUGAUUUUGAUGUUGAUUGCAUCAAUUAAUGACCAUCUAGUGAGGAAGAAAUCAAAGGGAUGAGUGUAUAUAGACAAUCAAUUACAAAUUACCUCAUAAUUUUUAAAAUAGGACGAUGGAGAAAAAGAAUAAAUCUAGAGUUGCAAGGAACUUGCUGGGCACUGAAACAAUGGAGAUGAAGUAUUACAACAAUUAUGGGUUAGAAGGUGGGGAGUUUGGAUGUUCCAUUCCUACUAGUCUUUCUUCAUCUGAUUCUCCCCCAAAACUUCCUUUCCGUUUCCCACCACCCCCUUUCUUUGCAUCAAUUCCAAGAAUCUCAUCUAAUAGUUUAUCAUUUGAACAAGGAGAGUCAGAUAAUUCACUAACAACAGGUAGUGCCUCUGAUAUUGAAGACAAUUCAGACAGCCAGUCUGACGUAGCAGGUUUAGGUUGCUCAAGUAUUACUUUAGGAAAUGACCAUGGAUCUCAAUUUCGACCAAAUGCGAAAAAAGAAUCAGGAAGCUUAUCUGACACUGGCUUUGGUGGAGUUUCUGGAAGUAGUAACAUUAAAAUGCGAUCUUCCCCAGUUCCUAUUCACCAACCAAUACAUGCAAUAAGAGGUUAUGAAAGUGAUAGCAGUCCUGCUGGGCUUCGUUCUCAGGCUAAUCAUUUGCCACCCAUUGGAGUGUUCUGGGAUAUUGAAAACUGCCAGGUACCCAAAGGGAGGUCAGCUGUUGCAGUAGCUCAGCUCAUAAGAGAAAGGUUCUUUGAUGGUAGGAGAGAGGCUGAAUUUUUAGUUGUCUGUGAUGUCAAAAAAGAAAAUUCUCAAAUUAUUUCCGAGCUGAAUGAUGCUCAGGUAAAUCUCAUUCACGUAUCUGCAACAUGUAAAAAUGCUGCUGAUGAAAAGUUGCGCCAAGCAAUCAGAAGAUUUGCUGAAAUAUAUGGAAGUCCAGCUGCUAUAAUUUUAAUAUCAGGAGAUGUUAACUUUGCUGCAGAUCUUAUUGAUUUGAGGCACAGAAAGAAGAUUCAUGUUAUUUUAAUUCACAAUAGUAAUACAUCAGAAACACUAAUUUUAUGCGCAAACGAACACUAUAAUUUCAGCAAUCUUGUUGAAAAUUUGCCUCUCCGAGGUGCAUUUAAGUCAGGGAACCAGCCAAUGGAAGUCAUUGUGUCAAAUCUUCCUCAAGACAAAGACUUAAGCAAAGUGAAGAACCGACUUAAAAAGUUGUCCGACAACUGUGGCGGACGUGUGGGACAUAUCAUUUAUGACCGAGCAGUCAUUCGAUUCCCAACUGUAGAAUUUGCAUCAAGGGCCCAGAAGCGCAUGGAUGGUCAAGACGUUUUGGGCAAUAAGAUUUUUGUAAGCAGACCUCAGAAGGCCUCUGUGAAGGAUCAGGAGUCACCGUUCAAAUCACUUUCUGACCGUCAACGAGUGAAACGGACUAAUCAUCGAUUCGGCGAAGAGUUUAGAAUUUCGAAUUUGCCACAACUGUCUGAGCCUGUGCAGUAUCCUCAGACUUGCCUCUCGAACUUGAAUCAAGGAAUGUAUCUUUCAAAAGGCUUUGGCAACUCUUCUAAACCAGAUGCAUCCUCUAAUACUCUGGGUUCAUCUGUGGCACCAACUUCUUUGGUGUCAGCUCCAUCAGCAUCUGCAUCACUUGCUCAUUUUAACAUAAAUCAGACUGGAAUUGGUUCUGCCAACUUUUAUCGGAACACUCCACCACCCAGAAUAGUUCUUGGCAAUGUUACAUCUGGAGUGUCUGGAACAAGCCAGACAUUGAACUCAUCACUCCUAAAUGGGUGGCACCAUGGAAGUCUUGGUGCUUCUAUGUCUGCAGCGUUACCUCACCCAGAAGUUGGGGGAACCCUUCCAUCAGCUUAUGCCAAAGUUGCCCAUUCUCACCAGCAACAGCCCAAUGACCCAAAGCAGCUUCUGCUAUCACAACAGCUAUGGCAAGGAUCGUCCUCACAUUCCAGUGCUAAGGUGGAUGCUACUUCUUUGCAAAUGGCAUCACAAUCUCUCUCGUUUCUUACGGCCAGCCUUCCUAACUGUGGCACUGGAGACUUCAACCCUGAUUUGUGGAAGCAUUUAAGUGAGCUACCGAAGGUGAAAUCUGAAACUCAUGGCUGGGAAGAUGUGUCAAUGGGAUUGCAGGCACCCACUGUUUCACCAUUGAAAGGCUGCACUGCUCCUCAAACCCGUACUCCAUCACCAUCUGGCCUGUCGUCAAUGUCAGCACAGAUCCACAUUCCACCGAGUCAUUCUCAGACUGGCGCUGGAGAUGGCCUUCAAUGGACCAGUCAUGCAAGUUCUAAUGGUGCUGGUGCCCUACCCAAGAGUCGCACCCCUUCCCCUUACUCGCUGAGUGUGGAUCAGUUGUAUCAGUCUCAAGUUAAUCGUCGACCUUGGGGUAAUGUGACAAAGACAAGCCCCGUCUUGGAAAUGAAAGAGCCUGAGAGGUAUUUCAACCCCAUCAAUAACUCUCAAGCCCGGCAGCCUUGUCAGGGGACCAGUGGCCCUGUGGAACUGCAAGUUACCAACUUGGAUCAGAACAUGGAUCCAAAAGAAAUGAAGAGGAUUCUUCAAGCAGUCUUUAGAGAGCAUGUUUCAGUUUUAUACAUUUCAGUAUUUGUGCAGUCAGACGGUAAUUUAGCAGCAACCGUGAGGGUGCCAUCUCUGCAAGAUGCUCAAUAUGCUAUCUCUCAGUUGCAUCGCAAGAAAGUUGGCUUCAAGCGUAUUCAAAUUGCGUAUUCUCAGACAGGACCCACUAUCAAUCCAGCUCUAAUUCGCUCUCAGAUUGUAUCACUCCUUCAAGAUGUGCCUGGUCAUCGUCUUCCUCUCUUCAAAUUUAGAGAGAUGUUCGAAAACCGAUAUCUUUCAACCAUCAGUGUGUCUGAUAUGUAUAAGCUGAGGGAUGUAUGCCUGGUCAGUGAGGAGCCUAAUGGGCGCAUGGUAUCUCUCAAUCCUCAGCACCGAAACACCCCGUCACCUCUGCUGGCCGGAGGGUCACAAGACGGCCAAGCUGCCAUGGAGUUGCCUUUCUGUCCUCAGCAUUACCAAAAAGCCAACACUCAAGAUAAAGGUUGGGCGGAACAGGAACUUGCAACGCUUCCAAACGUCAGUAUUGGCUUGAAAGUAUUCACUCAACGAGUUCAUAGCCUUCUCCAAUCUCAUAGUGGAAGUCUGCCUUUGCCAAGUUUUGCCCAUUGUUAUGGAGCUCAAUUUGGGCCAUUAGAAAUUGAAGAAUCUGGUGUCCCUCUAGAACACUUGGUGUCCUGUGUGUCUGGAACAGAACUUUAUCAAGGUGUGGGCUGUGUCAAGUAUCUACGAUGGGCAAGUGGAGGUGAAAAUGACACAUCUAAUGAUACCGAUGGAAGUUCUGUUGUGUCAAAUGUUAGUCCACCUCUUGCUGGUCCAUUAGCUCUCUUCUCCAGGGAGUUGGUUGAUCUUCUGAAAACUGCUCCCAACUGCCAAAUCUCAUUCAACCGCUUCAUUCCUGCCUAUCACCACCAUUUUGGACGCCAAUGUAGAGUAGCAGACUAUGGUUACACUAAAUUGAUGCCAUUGUUGGAAGCCUUGCCUAAUAUAGUACAGGUUCUUGGAGAAGGUAACAAGCGCAUGGUUACUUUGUCUCACCGUGCUCAGGUCAGGCGGUUUACUUCUGAUCUGCUGAGAGUAUUGAAGGCUCAGUACAGUAAACAGGUUACCCUGUCGGAAUUUCCUGUUGCUUAUCAACGUGUUUUGAAUCGUUCCUUUGAAGUUGUUAACUAUGGAGUGUGCACUGUUGAAGACCUGUUGGCUGAGGUUGCAGAAACCACAGUAUUGGUGUCUUCGAUCCCCAAUUCUAAUGAUGUUCUUAUUGCUAUCCCUAAAAGAGAGCAGACUCAAGAGGAAAUGGAGAAAACUAAGCAGUUUGCUUUUGAGGUCCUUCAACUACUUCGCUAUGCUCCACAGUGCAGCAUGGAUUUUAGUAAAUUUAUUCCUUAUUACCAUCAUCAUUUUGGGAAGCAAUGCAGGGUUUCUGAUUACGGUUUCUCCAAGCUCAUUGAACUUUUUGAAGCAAUUCCUGAUGUAGUUAAGGUUUCGGAAGGUGAAGAGGGUGAACGCAGAGUCCAAUUAACACUGGAUCAACGUUUAAGAGUUCUUGGGGAUCUAGUUGCUGCAAUUGUUCAGGAAUCAGGAAAUGCCCUUAUGCUCAUCUCUGAUGUAUCUGAGAAUUUCCUCCUGAGUUCAGGAUAUGCUCUUCGCCCAGAGGACUAUGGUUUCAAUUCUCUUGAAGAGCUGUUCAGUGCAAUUCACUUUGCAGUUAAGCUUCGCGUUACUUCCUCUGGAACAUGUGUGGGCCUGGUUGACCAGAAUCAUCUACUUUCCAUUCGCCAAAAUAUUCGAUUCAUAUUGUGGUCUCACGAAGAUUGCCAAAUGACUGCAUCACAAUUUCAAGAAUUGUAUUCUCAGAACAUUGGUGGGAAAUGCAACUUUGAUGAUCUUCAAAGAGAUUUGAAUAAUAUAAUUGAGCUGGUUCGUGAUUCUGAUGGUGUGGUCAAGUAUAUUGGACUGAAACCACUGCAGGUUUUGGCCCGCAAUGUGUACUAUCUGCUCCAGGAGUCAAAUGGGCAAAUACCACUCUCCUCGUUUGAAGCAAACUAUAUCCAACGAUUUGGAAAGGCGGUGCAGCCAGCCCAAUACAAUUACUCCUCUGUCUGUGCUCUUCUACAAGGGCUGAAUGACAUUUUCAGUAUUAAAGGAAAGGGUCAACGACGCUUUCUUGUUUUGAAAAGUAGUAAUGAUGGAAUUGGGUUAAAUCUUCCAGAUAACUCUAGAGUGUCAACUGACAAAUUGUCGGAAGCCUUUGAUUUCACUUCUCCGAAGAAAACCUUUAAUUCAUUUUCAGAGGGCGGCUCCAAACUAGGGGAAUCUCCUGACACUGUUUUGAAGAAAUUAAUUAGGAACUUGUCAAAUCAAGUUUCACCUGCCAAGCAACGUGCUUCUGGAGAACGUGCUUCAGGGCAUCAAGGGUAUCGUCCUCUUGGGUUUGCUACAAGUCAACAGCCGCUUCACUUUAACAGUAACCAUCACUUUGCAUGGGGACCUCCACAGCCAUCAAAUGGUGGCCUCUCUUCUUUCACGGUGCCCAUCUCCAUCCCACCUUGUUCAUUGGAUUCACCAACCUCUCUGUCGGGCUUCAAUGGGCUGGAGAGCACUAGUCCACCAAGUCCUCGUGCUUCUUUACCCAUGGUUCAACCGCCCCACCCUUCUGAGUUACCAAUGCCUCGGUUAGCUCUGACAUCUCCCAUUUCAUCAAAUGCUAAUAAUGGGGCUCUGAAUUCAGCUUCUGGGGCAGUUGAAAAUGCUGAUAUGAAUGUGAGUAGUGGUCAGACUAUUCCUGAAGGGGCGACUGAAAGUACCCGUGAUGGAGUUAUUAACUCAGGUCAAAAUGGAAGUCCCGCUGCUGGUCGUGCAAAACGAAAGCAACGGCUUGCUAUUCAGUUCACUUCUCCUCUUGUCCCUAUCCAAUGAAAAGUCACUAAUGUUGUGGGGCUGAGUGCUGCUGUGAUAUAUUAUCGUGAUAAUGCAGUUAUGCCAAUUGUGAAGGCAGACGAUAAGACAUCUAGUUGUGCAGAUUUUUAUAGUUGCAAAGCAAAAUCAUUGUAAGACUUUUUUUUUUCCUCUACUGCGUCCCACUUGUAUUGUUUUAAAGGUUUGAGCAAAUGAGGAAGGAUAGAUGGAGGCAUUGUUCUCCUUGUGUUUUUUUCUUUUAAUGAAUGGGGGUGGGGGAGGGGGGGGUAAUAACUUGUCUCAGAUUGUCGUUUUUCGCACUUCUUGUGUCUGGUAUGUUGCAUAGCAAGUUCUGAAAUUUGAUGGGUUAUUUUCUUAAUUAUCUUUAAGUCUUUUUGUACUUAUUGUUACUCACACUUAUUGGUACUCAUCCAUGCAUGUUAUGUUGGAGUGAGGUUCAAAAGGCAGAUGGUGAAACUGUUAAGAUAGGUAGCCUAUUUUCUGUUCAGUCAUUUUUGUUGUAUAUUGAUUAGUGCUUUUUUUUUUGGUGUAAGUAUCCUAAGGUAUACCUGCAUGAACAACAACCUCAUCGACUAUUUUGUUUGUUUAGAAUGCUUUGUCUUAAGAUGGUCGCAUGUAUUUGAUUUUUUCAACAUUGGCUAAAUUAUUUCUAGUGUCUCUUUCACUUGGUCCUUUUAAAAUUUUGUCUCUGCAGAAGUACUUUUUGAUUUCUCACUUUAAAAUCAAAUUUGUAGGCAGUCUUGUGAGAAUUUAGUUUGGAGACAACAAAUUAUGAUUAAUAGUUAAGGGUUAUGAGUACACUGGAAAAGCAUUCCCUCAAUUCCUGAAUCAUGGUAUAAUGAAACUGCCUUUUCAUUUUUCAAUGAAUGUUUUCUUGAAGACUUCUAUUCCUUUGAGAUUUCUGUUGUGUAUGAAGUGUCCAAUUGUGUUUAUUGAGAGCUUUAUCCUUGUUAAAGAAUUUUGAAUCCGGGACAAUAUGGUGAUAAAUUUGAUGUAAAUUUAGUGCAAGGGGGGAUAUGAAUGAAAUUAAUGCUCUUGUUGAAAGAGCUUAGCUCAUUUUAUUUUUUCAUGCCUUAAUUAGAAACUGGACUGUGGAUACUAUCAUACAAUGUUUUUACUAUUUAUGUAUCUUUUUUUUAUUUAGAAAGAAAGGAUCGUGUUCUUGUUAUGUUGCCAUAACAGUUUCAAAGAUCAGUUUUCAUUUUAAAUUAAGAAGUAAUGUGGACAAGUUCAUAACUUGUUGGAGUCCUUUUAGGUGGUUUCUGUAUAGUUUUCAGAUUACAGAUAGAUGUGACUUGUAGAAACAUGCCUUUUAUCUCUUCUGUGGUACAGACAUGGUUGCUGUGAUUAAGUAAUUAGUCUUUAAAAUUUCAUGCAUUAUUGACAUGGUAGAGGGAGACUUCUGUAAGCUUUGAUGUGGAUGGGUUGUACUGCAUUAUCAUUUUCAUCAACAAAUUUAUUUGGAAAUUUGGGUUUUUGCUCCAAUUUUCUUGAUGUUGAUGUUUUUAACUUUUGUUGUGAUGUAGUCUCCUCAGUACCCAGUGUUAUGUGUUAUUACAGGGCAACUAUGAAUUGUUGGAAUUGUACUUUAUGAAAAUGACUUGACAUGUAUCAAAGGCUUUUGUGAACAUUUCAGUUGUCUGAAAAUUGUGCCAGCACAAUUUUCAUGAAGCAAGCUCCCUCUUUCCAUUUAGAUAAAACUUGUCAAUUAUUGUCUUGAGCUUUACAAAUUUGAUAAUUCAUGUCUUGUAUGAAUAUGUUUCCAUUCCUUCACUAGGUAUGGGAAUUUUGUAUCGCUUUAAAUUGAGUACGAGGAAGAUACAUGAGUUUUGUUCAAGUACCUGACAAGUAAUUGUAAUGAUUUCUUCCACUAUUUACAUGUACCAUUGUUUUUAAUCUAUAUUGUGGUGUACAUUUGAUUUAAUGUGGGCUUGCAAACUUUUAUUAAAUGUUUCUUUAUAACAA